AUGCAACUUCUUGAGCGUUUCCGCGCGAAAUUAGAUCAAGCCGAGCAAACGGAUAUCCUUUUCGACAAAUCGGACGCGAAUCUUCGUGAUGAGGCGAAAAGUGAUUGGUAUGAUUUGUCGGAUCCACGACAUCCAAUCAAUAAACGGAAAAGGGGCGAGAUU